AAACUACUUCGCUUACAACAUUAAAAAUAAAUAAUCUUUGGAAGUGAAAAUAGGAAAUAGUUAUUUUACACAUUAUGGCUUCGGCAAAUUGGACCCCGCUGGGUACCGAAUACUAUGAGAAGUUGGAAAUGUAUCAGCUGGACUGGGGGGAUCAGAUCGAAUUGUCCAAGUUCACAGUGGCAGCAGCUCAGUAUGGGGGUCCCAUAGCUUUACUCAAAGAUGACAGCAACACACCAAAUGUUAGGCCUAUGCUCACUGUAUUUACCUCGGCUGGUAAAAUCCUUUCACAACUAAGGUGGAACAGUGGUAAGAUCAAGAAGUUGGGCUGGUCGUACACGGAGGAGUUGCUGUGUGUGCAGGAUGAUGGGACUGUCCUGGUCUACGAUCUCUCACUGAACUUCCUCAGACAGUUCUCCAUGGGACAGGAAACGAAGGAGACCAAGGUGCAUGAUGUGAGGAUAUUUAGCAGCUACAAGGGCACAGGGAUUGCCGUCCUCACCACCUCAUAUCGUAUCUUCAUUGUCAACAGCAUUGAUGAUCUCCGGAUACGUAAACUAGAGAUCCCAGGUGCUGACUCCGCCCCCACUGCCUGGGACAUCAUCACCAUGGACGGCCAGUCACAGGCGCUUGUUGCCAAGAGAAAUGAGCUAUACCUCGUGGACCAUGGUGGCCAGUAUCAGAAACAGGAUAUUGACCUAUCCCAGACUGAAGAGGCUAUUGUAGACAUGGCCAUCUCCAUAAACAACCGCUAUAUAGCUCUGUUCUCUGAGAAACAGGUCAUAUGGAUAGGCACAGCUGAUUUCAAGAAAAAAUGUGAUUUUAAACCGAAAACAUCUAAGAAACCAACACAACUUGUAUGGUGUGGCUCUGGUGCAGUGGUGGCCCUGUGGGACAAGCUGAUGCUGGUCAUUGGCCGUGAUCAACAGUACUUCUAUUUUAACAACGAUGCUGCCGUACAUCUGGUGGAGGAAGAAGAUGGAGUUCGGAUUGUGGGACGGGACAGUGUGGAGUUUCUUCGCAAAGUACCACAGGUGACAGAGCAGAUUUUUAAGAUUGCAUCAAUGGAGCCAGGAGCCAUGCUUUUUGAGGCUUCAAGAGAGUUUGAUAAACAGAGUCAGCGUGCAGACGAGUACAUUCGCACUGUGAAGGACCAACUAGAGACGGCGGUCUCCCAGUGCAUACAGGCCGCCGGUCAUGAGUAUGAACCUUCCAAGCAACGCAGGCUCCUCAAGGCCGCCACGUUUGGCAAGUGUUUCCUGACAGACUACAACCCUGAGCCGUUUGUGAACAUGUGUCAGAUGUUACGUGUCCUGAACCAGGUCCGUCAACCACCCAUAGGGAUACCACUCACAUAUACACAGCUGGAGAGGCUGACAAUGCCAACCCUGAUAGACCGUCUUGUGAACAGGAAGUAUUUCUACCUGGCCAUCCGGAUAUGUCAGUACCUGAAACUACCCGAGGCUGAGGGGGCUAGCAGGAUCCUGGCACACUGGGCGUGCUAUAAGGUCCAGUCAAAGGGGGAGGAUGAUGAGCAGGUAGCCAGGGCAAUAGCAGACAAACUGGGGGACACGCCGGGGGUGUCAUACUCGGACGUGGCCAAUAAGGCACUCGAGGUCGGCCGCAACGAUCUUGCGAUCAGGCUGUUGGACAAUGAACCCAAAGCUGCACUGCAGGUGCCCCUGUUGAUGAAGAUGAAACGUGAGAACAUCGCUCUCAACAAGGCCAUAGACAGUGGGGACACAGACCUUAUUUACUUUGUGCUGCUACACCUGAAGGAUGCUCUUCCUAAGGGCGAGUUCUUCAUGGCAAUCCGUCAACUCCCGGUCGCAUAUGCUCUCUACAUACAGUAUUGCCGCCAGCAAAGCCCUGCCUUGAUGGAGCAACUGUACGACCAGGAGGAGAAUCACCAAGAGGUGGCCACUUGUAAAGUGAUGGGGAGCUUUAAACAGGAGAGGUUGGAGGACAGAGUUGCAGUCCUAAACGAAGCUAAAGACAGUUUUACCAAGGCCAAAAAUGACUUUGCUGCAAAGCAAGUGGAAGACCAGAUGAAACUGCUGCGGUACCAGCGUCUCCUGGAGGAGGAGCUGCAGAUGCCUUGCCAGGAGCUCUCCUUGCAUGAGACCAUCCACAAGCUCAUGGUAACCAGGAACCACAAGAUGGCAGAGCAGCUUAGGAAGGAGUUCAAGGUCCCGGAAAAAAGGUACUGGUGGCUGCGUGUGGAUGCUCUUGCUCAGUCUGCAGACUGGGUGGAACUGGAUAAGUUCUCCAAGUCUAAAAAACCUCUCUUGGGCAUGGAGGCUUUUGUGGAUGCGUGCAUGAAGUAUGAUGCCAAGAUGGAGGCCAGGAAGUACAUUCCUCGUGUCAGCCCAGAGAAGAAGGUCUACUGUCUCAUCAAAACUGGGUUAUUGCGUGAGGCAGCAGAAGUGGCCUUUGAGAAUCGGAGUGAAGAAGAGUUGAACAAAGUGCUUCGGGCAUGUUCCACGCAGGACAGAACUGUAGAGGACCAGGUCAGAGCGUAUAAACAACAGCUGGGGGCCGCGGUCAGGAAAUAGACCUUCGUGUCAGGAGGUAGUCAAUAGGAGUUAGCCUUACAGGCCAGGAUUAAUUAAAUAGCUGGAGAUAGACUCACAAGUCAUGGGGUAUUAAAUAGCAGGAGAUACACCCACGUGCCAUGGGGUAUUAUAUAUCAGGAGAUAGACCCAAAGGGUAGUAAAUAGCAGUGAGUAAUGACAUUCCAUAGCAAUCUUUUUUUUGACGAAUGGGUUAGUUUUUAUGCUCUCCGAAAAUUUUCGGGAAGCAUAUACAGUACUUGCCAGUUUGUCCUUCCUUGCUUACUUUAUUCCUUACUUUCUUCCAUCACAUUUUGUUACAGUUUAUCAUAGCGCCUUCAAUAUUUUACCGAUCUCUUACAUAUUUGGCAUGUAGGUAUCUUGCAUGGACCUCUACCUUUUGAUGAGGUUUAAGGUCACUGGGGUCAAGGUCAAGGUCACAGAGGCUAAUAAUAGAUUUUUCUGACACACUUUGUUACAGUUUUUCAUAGCGCCUUCAAUAUUUUACCGAUCUUUUACAUAUUCGGCAUGUAUGUACCUUGCAUGGACCUCAACCUUUUGAUGAGGUUUGAGGUCACUGGGGUCAUAGUCAAGGUCACCGAGGCUUAUAAUAGAUUUAUUUUAGGUGGUUAUUGCCCUUUGAUAAGUUAUUUUACCGAUCUCUUACAUAUUUGGCAUGUCAGUACCUUGCAUGGACCUCUACAUUUUGAUGAGGUUUGGGGUCACUGGGGUCAAGGUCAAGGUCACCAAGGCUAAAAAUAGAUUUUUCGGUCACACUUUGUUACAGUUUCUCAUAGCGCAUUCAAUAUUUUACCGAUCUCUAACAUAUUUGGCAUGUAGGUAUCUUGAAUGGACCUCUACCUUUUGAUGACGUUUGAGGUCACUGGGGUCAGGGUCAAGGUCACCGAGGAAAAUAAUAUGUUUUUUAGGUGGUUAUUACCCUUUGAUAAGUAAUAUGACAAUCUAAAGAAUUUGAUGUUUCUGUGGUAGAUCACAAAAACUUAUUAUCCAAAGUUUAGGAAACCAUGCAGAAUCCCUCAUGGUGGGCAUACCUGAAUAUGUCAUAUCGUUCAACUCCAUUGCGUUUUCAAGGAGUCAUGUCCCCUUCAAUAAUAAUUAGUUUCCACACAAUUAUCACAUAGAUUUACAAAGCGCAUAAUUGGUAGCAUCCAUCAGUUUCACUAAUUAUUUGUUUUUAUUUAUCAAAACAGUUCAGUUGAAAAGAUUUAAGAUUUGAAUACUUUUUGUUUUUAUGUCUGCACGUGUGUGAUAUUCAUAUUUAUAAUGGUAGCAACAAGUCUAAUAUAUUUCAGUUUUGUUAAAUUUUAUUAAUACAUAAAACUCAAAGUGCUUGGUUUUUUCCUGACUUUUGCAGUGUGUAUGUUAUUGUCCAAAAAAGACAGGUUGAUCCAAUACUUAUAGUAGUAUAGGCAAGUAUUUGCAAUUCCUCAUAUAAAAUAAAUACCCAUGGGAUAUUUACUUAUCAAUUUUACUCACAUAACUGUGUAAUUCAAUGUUGUGUUCACAAAAAGCAAACAUUUGAUUUUUAUGUUUACCCGGUAGAUGUUACCCAAAAUUAGACUUAUUUGUAAACAUUUGUAUUUUUAUUAUUAUUUUGCUAAUGAGUCAUGUAUAGAUAUGGACUCUGGUUUCCAGUUCCCCAACAGGUUACUGUUAAACCAGGAUCACUUGUGUGCAAUAUUUUCAAAUCUGGCCCAUGUAUGGAAGAAUGUAAAAACAGUUUUUGCAUUUGUUUUGUAAGUCUGUGUAUAACAUGCUUUGUUUAAAAUGAUAUUCAGAUGAAUGGUUUGCUUUGUUAAAAAUGUGAUUUAGAUGAAUGGUUUGCUUUGUUUAAAAUGUGAUUUAGAUGAUUGGUUUGCUUUGUUUAAGAUGUCAUUCAGAUGAAUGGUUUGCUUGGUUUAAAAUGUGAUUUAGAUGAAUGGUUUGCUUUGUUUAAGAUGUCAUUCAGAUGAAUGGUUUGCUUGGUUUAAAAUGUGAUUUAGAUGAAUGGUUUGCUUUGUUUAAGAUGUCAUUCAGAUGAAUGGUUUGCUUGGUUUAAAAUGUGAUUUAGAUGAAUGGUUUGCUUUGUUUAAGAUGUCAUUCAGAUGAAUGGUUUGCUUUGUUUAAAAUGUGAUUUAGAUGAAUGGUUUGCUUUGUUUAAAAUGUGAUUUAGAUGAAUGGUUUGCUUUGUUUAAGAUGUCAUUCAGAUGAAUGGUUUGCUUUGUUUAAAAUCGAAUUCAGAUACAUGAUUUGCUUUAUUAAAAUCUUAUUAAGAUGGAUGGUUUGCUAUCUUUAAAAUGUUAUUAAGAUGAAUGGUAGGCCUAUGUGAUGAUAAGUAUGAAUUACUUGUUUAUAUGUUGUUGUUUUUUCAAUAUUUAUUGUUAAAGUUUUAUACAUUUACGUUACAUGGCUCCUGUAUAAUUUGUAAAUUGUUAUUUGUUUAUGAUGGAUAUUUUUGUGUAAAUAAAAACACUUUUUACCGAA